CCCGCUAAAUAACGUGGAGAUCGCUGAGGCUAUUGUGAUUAUAGCUUAGCGUCUGGUCUCUCCAUUUCUACCGCUUUCUCUUUGGACAUUCCCCUUGCGCAAGUCCUGAAGGACCCCCCCCCUCACCAUGCCCACCAUCUCCGUCGACAAGGCCGCGCUCUUCAAGGAGCUCGGGCGCGAAUACACUACGCAAGAGUUCGACGAGCUUUGCUUCGAAUUCGGCAUUGAGCUCGAUGAAGACACGACCGAUACGGACCGCCCCGUUGUUGAUGGCGUGCAGGAGCCGCCUCAACUCAAGAUCGAAAUCCCCGCAAACCGAUAUGACAUGCUGUGUUUCGAGGGUAUUCAGCUCAUGCUGAACAUCUUCUUGGGCCGCAAGCCUAUCCCCAACUACAGACUCGUUGAGCCGUCGAGUGGGCAGCUCGAGAAAAUUGUGGUCAAGGAGGACACCACGAAAGUCAGGCCGUAUGUCUCCGGCGCGAUUCUGCGCAAUGUGAAGUUCGACCAGGCACGUUACGAAUCGUUCAUCGCUCUUCAAGAUAAGCUUCACCAGAACCUCGCAAGACAAAGAACACUCGUCGCUAUCGGUACCCACGACUUGGACACCAUCCAGGGUCCUUUCACCUACAAUGCUCUGCCUCCGAAGGACUUUAGCUUUGUUCCCUUGAACCAGACAAAGGAGCUGAACGGCGAAGAAUUGAUGGCUUUCUACGAGAAAGACAAGAACCUCGGAAAGUACCUUCACAUUGUCCGCGACUCUCCCGUUUACCCUGUCAUCCACGACUCGAACAACACCAUCUGCUCUCUUCCGCCGAUCAUCAACGGUAACCACUCGAAGAUCUCCGUCAACACGACAAACGUUUUCAUCGAAAUGACCGGACUGGACAAGACGAAGCUUGAGAUUGUCAACAGGGUCAUGGUUACCAUGUUCUCCCAGUACACCACCGAGCCGUUCACCAUCGAGCCCAUUCAGAUCGUUUCUGAGCACAACGGCGAGACUCGUGUUGUCCCAGAUAUUUCGCCCCGCACCACCCAAGCCGAGAUCUCUUUCAUCAACCAAUGCUGCGGACUGAACCUCUCUGCGACUGAGAUCAGCGACCUCCUGAAGAAGAUGUCCUAUGACGCAAGGCCUUCCGCGAACAACCCCGACCUCGUUGAUGUCGACAUUCCCCCGACCCGUGCGGACGUGCUCCACCAGGCUGAUAUCAUGGAGGAUGUUGCUAUCGCCUACGGAUUCAACAAGCUUCCCCGAUCCUUCCCCAACAUCUCCGGCACUAUUGGCCAACCUCUCCCCAUCAACAAGCUUUCCGACAUCGUGAGAACAGAAGCCGCAAUGGCCGGCUGGUCUGAGGCGCUUCCGUUGAUUCUUUGCUCGCACGACGAGAACUUCGCUUGGCUCAACCGCAAGGAUGAUGGUAACACCGCCGUCAAGCUUGCCAACCCUAAGACCUUGGAAUUCCAGGUUGUCCGUACCAGUCUUCUUCCCGGUCUCCUGAAGACCAUCAGAGAAAACAAGCACCACACUGUGCCCAUGAAGAUCUUCGAAGUCAGUGAUGUCGCUUUCAAGGACCUGGAGUUGGAGCGUAAGAGCCGUAACGAGCGCCACUUCGCGGCUGCAUGGUACGGACGGACCAGUGGAUUCGAAGUUGUGCACGGUCUCCUGGACCGGAUGAUGGCUAUGCUUAAGAGCGCUUUCAUCACUGCCGAGGAGGGUCUCGAGAGCACGGCAGCCAGCGACUCUCAAUACUGGAUUGAGGAACUUGAUGACCCCACCUACUUCCCCGGCCACGCCGCCUCGGUCCACCUGCGCAUUGGCGGAAAAGAGCACAACAUCGGUACCUUUGGUAUCCUGCACCCUACGGUGUUGGAGAAGUACGAGCUGAAGUACCCCGUCAGCACGCUGGAGCUCAACAUUGAGACUUUCCUAUGAGCAGAGGGUCGUCGAUGAUGUUUAUUUAUGAUCAUGGAGUAAAUGAUUUACAGAGAUAGAUGACAUGAGUAAAAUACCAAAAUGGAGUGAUUGUUUAUGGAUUAUGACUCGAUUUGUGCUUGUAGAUACUGGGGAUCCGCCAGCGGAUCUAUCUCCCAUCACUAGUUCGGGAAUCAGUCGUACCCCAGGUUUAACCCGAAUAUCAUGUCUUACGAUGUAGAGUAGGUAUAGCAAUCCACAGAUUUUAUUUCCCCAGGGUUCGUCACUUUCCCCGCUAAAGUACUAGGAAAAACCACUUUUGGAAACCGCUUUUGGAACCGAUUUUGACUUUUAUUCCGUUCGUAAAGGUAGUCGGACAGGUAGAGAAAAAAAGAAGAAAACUCGAGGAGAUAUAAAAAAUAAAAGGAAAUCGUUUAUUUAUUCAACCACAUCAGAAUUAACCCCAAAUU